AUGGCGACGCUUGUCCACGUCGGUCACUUUGGCCGUCCUCUCUGCAGCGGCCAGGCCCUGCCGCUGCUUCUCGCUGGAAUACUGGCCGCCGCGCUGGCAAUCAAAGCCGCCGCGUGGUGCGCGCGCAAGCGGCACCUGGCCGAGAUCCCGCUCGCCAACCCUCCUAGCUGGCUCUUCUUCAGCCGCCCGGCCGAGCGCGUGGCGCUCGUGCGAUCGGCCGCCGAGGCCCUCCUCCGGGCCAGGGACGACUUCCCCCACGGCCCUUUUCGUUUUCUCUCCGACUGGGGCGAGCUGCUCAUCCUGCCGCCCGAGUUCGCCGAAGAGAUUCGCAACGAGCCGAAGCUGAGCUUUGGCCUCGCCGCCAUGCGGGACAAUCACGCCAAUAUCCCGGGCUUCGAGACGGUCAGAAUCGUCGGACGAGACGACCAGCUGCUACAGGCCGUGGCGAGGAAGCACUUGACAAAGCAUCUGGCAAAGGCUAUCGAGCCCCUCUGCGCGGAAGCAUCGCUCGCCCUGGCCGUCAACUUGGGCGAAUCGCCCGACUGGCAGACGGUGCGUCUGCAGCCCGCGGUGCUGGACAUCAUCGCGCGGCUCUCGUCGCGCGUCUACCUCGGGGAGCAGCUGUGCCGCAGCCAGGACUGGCUGGCGGUGACCAAGACGUACGCGACGGCCUUUUACGCGGCGUCGUCGAAGCUGCGCAUGUUCCCGCGCGCGCUGCGGCCCCUCGUGCACUGGUGGAUGCCCGAGUGCCGGCGGCUGCGGGCGCAGCGCCGCGCGGCCGAGGCCAUCAUCCGGCCGCUGGUCCGGCGGCGCCAGCAGGCAAAGCAGGCGGCGGCGGCGGCCGGCCAUCCCGCGCCGGUGUUCCACGACGCGCUCGAGUGGGCGGAGCAGGAGGCGGCAACGGCGGCGGCGGCGGCGGCGGCCGGCCGGUCCCGGAGCUGCGACCCGGUCGUCUUCCAGCUGGCCUUGUCGCUGCUGGCCAUCCACACCACGUACGACCUGCUGCAGCAGGCCAUGACGGACCUGGCCAGCAAUCCGCAGUACAUCGGGCCGCUGCGGGACGAGGUGGCGCGCGUCGUCGGCCAAGACGGGUGGAGCAAGGCGUCCCUGUACAAGAUGAAGCUGCUCGACAGCGCGCUCAAGGAAACCCAGCGCCUCAAGCCAGGCAGCAUCGUCACCAUGAGGAGAGUCGCCACCGACGACGUGGCGCUGUCCAGCGGCCUCGUCCUCAAAAAGGGCACGCGGGUCAACGUCGACAAUCGCCGCAUGACCGACGCCGCCGUCUACGCGGACCCGCGCGUCUACAACCCGUGGCGCUUCUACCAGAUGCGCCUGCAGCCCGGAAAGGAGCACGUUGCGCAGCUGGUGUCCACCAGCCCGGACCAUCUGGGCUUCGGCCACGGCCUCCACUCGUGCCCCGGCCGCUUCUUCGCGGCAAACGAGGUCAAGGUGGCGCUCGGCCACAUGCUGCUCAAGUACGACUGGAAGCUGGCCCCGGCGACGGACAAGACGCCCGACUGCAGGGGGAUGCUUGCCAAGGCGAGCCCUACCACGGACGUAAUGAUUCGGCGACGCCACGACGAGGCGGACACGGGUGCUGCGGCUCGAGAGUAA